CUUUGCAGUAAGUUGCGGGCGGCUGUUGCUGGCGUGGCGGUUGCUGGUCGCGCAGGGAACUUUAACACGCUGGAUCCCAAAGUCCGUCUCUCUCACCUGCGCAGUUCGGAGCUGCCAUGGAUUUCGCGGCCGGAUUUACUAUCCUAAUCACACUGCCGAUCUUUCUGCAGACGAACGGCCUUUAUACUUCCAGUAGCAUAGAUUCCCUGCAGCAUGUUCUGGGGGACUAUGGACUGGUGAAGCCCGUUCUUACUGAUGCAGAAGGCCGCUUCCUGUCCCAUGCAGUAUCGGUUGGUCCAGCAGAUGGGCAGUUCCGUAGGCGCUGGAGAAGAGAGGCGGCAUCGGCCGACCACGCCCACCAUGAGUCCGGAGUAGGCAUGCCAGAGCGACUCUACUACAACGUCACCGUCUUCGGCCGGGAGUUUCACCUGCGUCUGCAUCGCAACACGCGCCUGGUGGCCCCUGGAGCCAAGAUGGAGUGGCAGGAAUCCGACGGCACGCACUCCGAGCCUUUGAAAAGCGACUGCAUGUAUGUUGGAGGCAUUACGGACAUACAGGGAGCCUCCGUAGCUAUUAGUAACUGCGACGGCCUGGCAGGGAUGAUCAGAACUGAGCAGGAGGAGUUUUUUAUUGAGCCAGUGGAAACGGGACAUCAUGUGAUUGAGCAGGAGGAAGAGGACGGUGGCCGUUCUCACAUUGUGUACCGUUCCGACGCCGUGAAGAAGCCUCCUGUUAGCUCACUAGCUGCAGACUUCCACUCCAAAGGUGCUGAUUUGGGCGGACUGUUGGACCUUGAGACUCUGUAUCAGGGUGUUGAAAGCAGUAUUAACCAGAGCCGACGAGCCCGCAGACAGCUGCCGGAACGAAUCUACAACAUUGAGGUUUUGCUGGGGGUGGACGACUCCGUGGUGCAGUUUCACGGGCAGCAGAAAGUGGAGAAGUACCUUCUCACUCUUAUGAACAUCGUGAACGAGAUCUAUCAUGACCAUUCUCUCGGGGCACGAAUAAACGUGGUGCUAGUUCGGAUUGUUUUGGUCGAUGCCAGAAAAUCCACGAGCCUCAUUGAGCUGGGUAAUCCUUCUCAGAGUCUGGAGAAUGUGUGUCGCUGGGCUUUCGAACAGCAGAGGAAGGACACCACUGAUAAAGAAUACCAUGAUCACGCCAUCUUUCUCACUCGUCAAGAGUUUGGACCCACAGGGAUGCAGGGUUAUGCUCCUGUCACAGGCAUGUGUCAUCCUGUACGGAGCUGCACUCUCAACCAUGAGGACGGUUUCUCAUCAGCUUUUGUCGUGGCGCAUGAAACCGGCCACGUGUUGGGAAUGGAGCAUGAUGGGCAGGGGAAUCGUUGUGGAGAUGAGGUGCAGAUGGGGAGCAUCAUGGCUCCACUGGUGCAGGCGGCUUUCCACCGCUUCCACUGGUCCCGCUGCAGUCAACAGGAACUGGGCCGCUACCUGCAUUCGUAUGAUUGUCUCCGUGACGACCCGUUCGAGCACAAAUGGGAGGAGCUUCCACACCCGCCCGGGCUGCAUUACUCCAUGCACGAACAGUGUCGCUUUGACUUCGGGGCCGGAUACAUGAUGUGCACAGCGCUGCAAAAGGUGGGGCCAUCAGGAGCCCAGUAUCGCCCCUUUGACCCCUGUAAGCAGCUUUGGUGUGCUCACCCAGACAACCCCUUUUUCUGCAAGACCAAAAAAGGUCCGCCCAUCGAUGGCACUAAAUGCGGUGAUGGGAAGCACUGUUUUAAAGGCCACUGUAUGCAGUUGACUCCAGACAUCAUAAAGCGGGAAGGAAGCUGGGGGAUGUGGAGUGAGUUUGGCGCCUGCUCUCACCCCUGUGGAAGGGGACUACAGUUUCGCACACGAGCGUGUGACAAUCCGCGUCCAGCUAACGGUGGACGUAUUUGCUCCGGCCCAAGUUAUCAGUUCCAGAUUUGUAAUACGCAUGAGUGUGAGGACCCGUACCACGACUACAGAGCCGAGCAAUGUAGCAUGAUGGACAACAAGUUUGAGUACCAGAAUACCUGGCACCACUGGCUGCCUUAUGAACACCCCGACCCUAAGCAACGCUGCAAACUGUACUGUCAAUCCAAAGAAACGCGAGCUGUAGUCAACAUGCAGACUCCGGUGGAACCUGGAACACGCUGUUCCUACAAAGAUCCCUACAGUGUGUGUGUGGCCGGAGACUGUGAGAAAGUGGGCUGUGAUAAUGUGGUUGGAUCAGCUCUACAGGAAGAUAAGUGUGGCGUCUGCGGGGGAGAUGGAACCAAGUGCAAGACUCACAAGUUUAACUUCACCUUUGUAGAGAAGAAAGGUGUCAUUAAAGUGCUGGAAGUUCCCAGAGGGGCGAGACAUCUCUUCAUCCAGGAACUUAAUGGGACUACUCACAUUUUAGCUGUCAGGAAUAAAGCGUCAGGUGAUUUCUUUCUCAACGCCCAUGGAGACUACCCAGAGACACGCUCAGUUAUUGAAAAAGGUCUGGAAUGGGAGUAUGAAAAUAAAAACAACAAGGACACCAUUCAAACCAGCGGACCCUUGAAAAGCGACGUGGUUGUUAUGAUCCGAAUGCAUGGAUCAGCCAAGGUGAAGGUGUCGAUCAAAUACAUCACUGACAAUGACAGACUGUGUGAUGGUACCAAUGAGAAUAACAUGGUCCCUGAUAAUGCGGUGCCAUAUUCCUGGGUGGUGAAAAGAUGGACACCCUGUUCCAAGACCUGUGGAGGAGGUAUACAGUGCUCAGUGACAUGUGGUAAUGGUACGCAGGAGAGGCAGGUGCUUUGUCAUACCCGUGACAACACCAUUGGACUCUGUCUGGACUCCAAACCUGCUGCAUUGAGACCCUGCAGAAUGGAUCCCUGCCCAAGGAGCGCUUCCGACUUCAACAAGCACGGCAACUUCCUGAUACAGUGGUUGUCGCGUCACGACCCCAAAUACCCCGUGCAGAGGAUGUCAAAACGUUGUCAUGGUGACCGUUCUGCAUUCUGUCGCAUGGAGGUGCUGCAGCAGUAUUGCUCUCUGCCGGGCUUCCAGCGCAUGUGCUGCAAGUCCUGCAAGGUUGGCAAUAUCACAAAGACCACGGUGACCACAAGUAAGCCACCAUCCAAAACGAAAAUCACCACCAACGGACGAUCCACCACAACUCAAAGUCCCACACGCACAGAGUCCACCACCGUGUGGACCUCCACAGCAGACUUUUUGCCGACCACAGAAGGGAAAAGUGCCACAUCUGUGAGCACACCUUGGUUAUAUACCAUUUUAGCAAUGUCGCCCUUUUAUCCAUAUACUACAACUCCUAUCUAUAAGCCCGCUACUCCAGAACAGAGCACAUCCUUUGCCAUUACUACACCAAGUAGGAUCACAUCUGCACCUGCGGACGUGACCGAAUUACCUGUUAGCACUGUUUCUGCAGCAACAAGGAUCACAUCUGCACUUGCAAAUGUGGCAAACAGCACCGAAUUACCUGUUAGCACUGUUUCUGCAGCAACAAGAAUCACAUCUGCACCUGGAAAUGACGUGACCGAAUUACCUGUUAGCACUGUUUCUGCAGCUACAAGGGUCACAUCUGCACCUGCGGACGUGACCGAAUUACCUGUUAGCACUGUUUCUGCAGCAACAAGGAUCAAAUCUGCACUAGCAGAUGUGGCAAACAGCACAGAAUUACCUGUUAGCACUGUUUCUGCAGCAACAAGGAUCACAUCUGCACUUGCAGAUGUGGCAAACAGCACAGAAUUACCUGUUAGCACUGUUUCUGCAGCAACAAGGAUCACAUCUGCACCUGCAGAUGAUGUGGCAAACAGCACCGAAUUACCUGUUAGCACUGUUUUCCCAGUAAUUUUCAGUGAUCUGAAUAAUGGCACCACUGUCCAGUUUAAAGAGUUUGAUGGGAGUAGUGGUGCACCAGAUGUAGACAGCAGUGCGAUAUUGCAGUCAACAACAGUGAAUGGUGUGAAUGAAAGGGAAUUGACAACCUCAGUCAAUAUGGAUGUCAGCAUCCCAGUGACAUCUAUAUCAGAGGUGCUAACAACCACUGAAGAACCUGCUCCCCUGGUACCAACUUCUGUAUAUACAACUUCCAGUACACCACUGUCCAGUACAACAACAUCUGGCACAGAGAAGACAAGCGGACGGCCAAAUAAAGUGGAAGAAGUGAGUGAGAGCAACGCUAUUGAUAUACCGUAUCGAAUAAUCCCAUUGGACAAUGAGUUUCCUGUGAAUAACAUCAUCCCCAGGAGAGGACGUGUGUUUCUGCGUGAGAAAACACGGAAUAAGCGCAUCCAGGAACUGCUUGAGGAGAAGCGAAACUUUUUGAGACGGAUGAAAAGAGCACAGGGGAUUUGAACCCUGUCCAGUUUCUCUUAUAGAGAUACAGCUGCCAAAUGCAACUUCUGAAUCUAGACUUUAUUUUGGUGCUUGGGUCAAGAACUGGAAAAUGGCCAAAAUAUUGCUGUGAACUGAUGCUUUCCCCUCUUUUAAUGACAUGGGCAAACUGAUCUUUGUGGAACAAAACCACUAGCAAGUGUUUGCAUAGUUGCUUUGAACCUCAACAAUGUCCCUUUAGGAGGUUUCACUGGAGGAUCUUCUAAUUCAAAGUGAUUUAUCAUUUUAAAGGAUUAGUUC